AUGCAAUUGCUACAAAAAAUGAAGAAAUAUCAACAACAGUAUAAAACAAUGCAUGUAAACAGAAGUCGUCAAAGUGUAUCGAAAUCACUGUCAUGUGAGGUACAAUAUGCCUUUAAUUUGCAUGUGUUUAAAGUUUUUGAUUUCUAUCAACUUUUAAAGCAUACUCAGUUAGGCACACUGUCUAGAUUUAUCGAACCAGAAGAGUGGAGUAAAAGUGAUCCUAAAUGGUCGACAAGUACACUGACUUUUCCUUUUAUUCCACUUUCAAAUUAUGCUUAG